ACAACAUUUUGGCAUUAUUUUCAAACUUCAUGUCUUGAAACAUUUUUGACACGGCCAAGCCAGGGACGAUGGAUAUGGAUACUCCAGAAGUUUGCGACGGCGAGGGCGACAACGAGAUGCCGCUGCCGGGAUUCCGCUUCCACCCGACGGACGAAGAAUUGGUGAGCUUCUACCUUCGUCGAAAAGUUGAGARGAGACCCAUCAGUCUCGAACUCAUCAAGCAGAUUGAUAUCUACAAACACAACCCAUGGGAUCUCCCCUAUGGCAGUUGCAGCAACGGUGGUGGGGCUGGAGAGAAGGAAUGGUAUUUUUUUUGCAGGAGAGGGAGGAAGUACAAGAACAGCAUAAGGCCAAAUAGGGUUACAGGGUCUGGAUUUUGGAAGGCGACGGGCAUUGACAAGCCAGUUUAUUCAAACGGAGGAGAAGGAAAUGAAUGCAUUGGCCUCAAGAAAACAUUGGUUUACUAUCGUGGGAGUGCUGGAAAAGGCACCAAAACUGAUUGGAUGAUGCACGAAUUUCGCCUCCCACCUCCCAAUCCCAAUCCCACAAACCAAAAACUGCAGCCCAACUCCAAAAACUUUGCUGAACAAGCGGAAAUUUGGACGUUGUGCCGGAUCUUCAAGAGGAAUGUGAGUUGCAGAAGAUAUGGAUCGAGUUGGAACAAACAGACGACCACGAGUACAACGACAACGACGAAAACUAACCCUAUGAUGAGUAGUGCAAAUAAUAACAUAUGCAAUAAUUUGGUGGGGGCUGAUCAUGAUCAUGAUCAUCAAAAGAGUGGAGAAAUUAGUUAUAUAAAUUUCAGCUGUGAGUCCAUGAUCAUCCACAACCAGCAGGUGGAGAAGAAGCCGCCAAUUCUUCAAAAUUACCCAAACGAAUGGAACAGUAACUAUAACAACAACUAUUAUCAUCAAGCAAAUAUUAGCAGCUGCUGCUCCGUGGCUCCAUCUCCAGUUUCUUCAAGUGGGAUUAUUUCACCUCCAGUUACCAAUCAGCUUGAUGUCAAUGAUUUCUUCACAAAUAGCAAUUGGGAUGAGCUGAGAUCAAUGGUGGGGAUGUUGUAGACAAGCUCAUGAUCAGCAGAUCAUCGAUCAGGACCAUUCCCCACAUUUGUGUAAAUAUAUAACACACAAACUCUGAAGAAGAAGAAGAAUUUGGCUUUGGAAAAAUUGAUGUUUUUGAUCAUCUCAAUCUUCCUUCCACUGUAUCUCUCCGGGUUAUGUGGUUCCACACAUUUCAGGGUUUUUAAUAUCUCUCCUUUGAUCUCCAUUAUAUAUAUAUAUAUAUAGGCGGAUUGAUUGUUGUGCAUAUAAUAUAUUUAGUGUUGAGAUCACUUCCUUGCUACAGAUAUGAUCUUACAGUUUACAUGUUAUAGGAUUGAUCUCAUAAUUGGCUGAUAUAUAUGUUAGAAUUCUAGCCAGGUGAGAAUCAGAAUCAGUCCAUGAUUUUAUUUCCCACUUCA